AUUCAAACGAACCACCCAGAUAUCUUUGAGCCGCAGCAGCUUUUGUUUUCACAUGAGAAGAUCAUGGAAGUUCGAGAAGAAACGUUGGCUAGACUGGAUGACAAAAUCUUCACUUAUCCUUCUCACCCUUCUCCCUACUUUUGGAGGGGGAUUCACAAGUUUGGAAAAGGGAAUGUUCUUUCUUCCAUAGAGGAUUUCGAAAUGGCCAUCAAAUUGACCGACCCGCAGAGGAAUCGGCUUCAGUGGCAAGGACAUUACAGACUGGCCCUUGCACUUGAGAGGAUUGGAAGGCUGGCCGAUGCCCUCCGUUGUGUUGACCGUGCGUUGGAGUGGAGCUUCUUUGACUCUAUCUUGUCACUCAAGUACAAGUUGCAAUCCUCCGUCGAAUCAUCCUCCCUCCAAUCCUCGUCCUUGUCCAACAACCAGAUUACACCGCAGUCGAUGGCUCUCAGAGUGGCUGUCGUCCCCAACUACUGGAAGGACCCGAAUGAGGUUAAGAAAAUAAGCACAUCACAAGACAAAAGCAGCAAGCCUAGAGGCCCUGUCACAGCAACUGAAGAGAUGGAAGCUGAGACGGAUGAAGGUCAAGGAGACAACGAAGAGGGAACAGUGGGAGAUGCAGCCAACAAAGGGAAAAAACAGCGAGGGACUAAGGAAGGAGGCAGUAAAGAAGGAGAAGAAAUGAUGAAAGAAGGAGAUGAAACAGACAUUCCGAAAGGAAGAGGAGAACAAGGAGAAGGAGAAGAAAAGGAGGAAGUAGACGAAAGGAAAACAGACGACAACAUGUCGCAAGACUCCGCAGAGGGAGACUCUCACAUGGGUACGAACCAAGACGCAACAGAUGUAACAGGGGAAGAAGAUCAGGAGGACUCGCUCAAUUGGCUUUCAAAAUAUGUCAAGGGGCUGAAAAGAGAAAGAGAAAUUGAAUUUGAAAUCAGGAUCGCACACAAAAAACACAUCUUCAAUCUGCAGAACUUCAACCCGACGCAGCAAACGCUGAGCAAUCUGUUCCCCACAGACAACCAAUACGAAAUCCUAGAAAAGGAACAGGAAUUGUCAGACUUUUUUGCUGAACGCUACGGCGCCAAAUUGGAAGAGGUAGCCAACCAAGGGUCUCACACAUCGAACAGUUGGAUCUGGCCCAAAUCUUACAACAAUACAGACUCCCAAAAACCGAGCAAGAGGCGCAAGGGGGGAAGAGGGAAUGCAAAAUCGACCCCAACAGCAAGUUCUCAGGACACAGGGGACGAGGAGGAUGGAGAGAACAGGCCGCUGGAGGAGAAGGAAGACCUUGACAGACAAAAGGAGAUCCUCAAAGCACAAAUCACGGUGCUAAGARAUCAGAACAGGGAAAYAUCYGAUAUGGCAAUCAAUCUGCAAAAGUUGGCAGGGRGACAAAACGCAGAAACAUUCACAGCUGCCAAGCUCRAAGCCAAAAGCGUCAUAAACCGGGUGUCUAAUUUCCAGUUCGCUGGGAAUGCUGCUGGAUGGUACCCUUAUGGUUCUGGGUUUGAGCUUGACAGGUCCCACGGUCGGAACAGAAACGGACCCGGAUCAGCCGUUAAGUUGGAGGCCAAAAAGAAUGAAGAAAAGGGAUGCAAGCAGAUUGUGAGGGUCCUUCAAACCCAUCCAUCACCGUUGCUCAUUAUCGCGUGGAGCCGAGCAUUCGCAGUCACUGGUACAAAGGAUUCAGGAUAUUCUCUGUACAUCGACAUCAACUUCCAGGACGGUUUUGAGAAGGGUGAGGCUUCUGAGGAGAAGCCUCAACGUCCGCUUGACCCUUUAGAGGCUGAAUCGCGUGCUGAGGAGGAGAAACUCCGCCAGCAAGCACAGGCAGUUGAGGCUCUGAAGGCAGAGCUGAAACGCAAGGAGGAAGCUGCAAAGAAGGAAACUAGGAGGCGGGAACUUGCAGCGGAUGUGGAGAAGGUCAGGACAUAUAUCAAGGCCUUGGAUGAACAUGUCACCAAGACUUUCACUCCCGAAGUUAUAGAAAAGAUCGUGAAGGAAGCUGGAGGCGGAGGAGGAGAUGGUGAUGGCGAUGGCGAUGAUGACAAGAAGGGGAAAGGAGUUGGGGAUCCAAAGGGAAAACUUCCACAGGAGACAGGGCAGGCUCGAAUGACACCUAAGUUAACAAGGUGGGCUGCGGAGAUUGAUAUGUUUGAUUUUGAGCUAAAGCCAGUAAAGGGUAAGUAUAAUGUCGUUGCUGAUGCACUAAGUCGUAGAUCUGACUUUUUCGGUGCCAUCGUGACAUAUUUAGAUAUUGGUGUUGAUCUACAAGAGAAGAUUAGGAGUGCGUAUCCCUCUGAUCCUGUCUAUGGAACAAUGAUUAAGCGUGUACAAGAAGCGCCAGCAGAGUUUCCUGAUCACAAGGUUACUCAGGGUUUAUUGUUUGAAAGAACUGAUGUGGAUGAUAGGCUAUGCAUACCGAAUGAUGAAGAGAUCAAGAGCUUGAUCUUAGGGGAAUGCCAUGAUACCGAAAGCCAUUUUGGGUGGAAGAAGACCUAUGGGACUUUGUUGCGUUCCUACACCUGACCUCGAAUGAAAGCAGACUGUAUCGCAUAUGUGCAAGGUUGUCAAGUGUGCCAAAGAAACAAAAGCACCACGCAAUC